AUGUUUUUCUCUCGUUCGUUCACACGCAUGCGCGUGCGCAUACGAAGUUGCACCGAUGCUCGUUACAGUUCCGCUAAACGGAACGCCCAAAGCACGGGAGGACAGACAAGAGUGUUUGGUAUGGCUUCUCAUCAAGCAAUGGGGCGAUUUAAUUGGCUUGAAUUCGAGACAAUCAAUGAAAUCGGACGCUUCCGUCAUCACCCGGACACGACGCGGUGCUUCUUUCUAACUUUCUUCUUCUUCUUCUUCUUCUUCUUCUUCUUCUUCUUCUUCUUCUUCUUCAGACCAGUCCCCUUUCUAUUUCUCUCCAUCACGCUCUACUCACUCUCUCUCUCUCACACACACUCUCUCUCUCUCUCCUUCUUUCUUUCUUUCUAUACUUUCUUUGCCCCUCUCUCUCUCUCUCUCUCUCUCUCUCUCUCUCUCAUUUUAUUAAUAUGUCAGUCUUCCUCUCUCCUGUCUGGUUUUGCUUCUUCCCUCUAUCUGUCUGUCUCUUACUUCUCCUUUCUAUGUGUCAGUCUGUUUUUUGUAUCUCCCCUCUAUAUAGCAGUCUCUCAUUUCGUCUCCACUUUAUCUGUCCGUUUUUCUCUUACUCCUCUCUUUUCUCUGUCAGUCUGUCGUUUGUUUCGCCCCUCUAUCUAUCAGUGUCUCUUUUGCUUCUCCUCUUUAUCUGUCAGUGUGUCGCUUACUUCUCCCCCAUAUCUUACAGUCUAUCUUUUCCUUUUUCCUUUUUCCUUUUUCCCUAUCAAUCACUCUUUUACUUCGCUCUGCCGGUCUCUCUUUUUCUUCUCCUCUCUAUCUAUCAGCGUCUCUUUUCUUCUCCCCUCUAUCUGCCAAUUUAUCUUUUACUUCUCCUCUCUAUCUACGCUCCCUCUAUUUAUUGUUUACUUUUCCCUCUAUUUAUCAAUCUCUCCUUUAUUUUGCUCUAUAUAUCAAUCUCUGUCUUUUGCUUCUCCCCUCUAUCAUUCUCUCUUUUUCUUCUUCUCUCUAUCUAUCACUCUUUCUUUUGUUUCUUCUCUCUAUCUAUCACUCUCUUUUCUUCUCCCCUCUAUCAGUCUGUCUUUUGCUUCUCUUCUAUCUGUUAAUCUGUUUUUCGCAAAGCCUCACUAUCCAUCAAUCUCUCUUUUCCUUCUCCUCUCUAUCUGUUACUUUGUCUCUUACUUCUCCUCUCCCUCAUUCUCUCUCUCCCUCAUUCUCUCUCUCCCUCUCUCUCUCUUAGUCUGUCUCUUGCUUCUUAGUAUCUCUUUUGCUUCUCUCUAUCUAUCAGAUUUUCGCUUACUCUCCCCUCUAAUAGUCUCUCUUUUGUUCAUCCCUCUAUUUGUCAGUUUGUCUCUUACUUCUUCCCUCUCUCUGUCGGUCUGUCUUUUACUUCUCCCUUUUAUCUAUCAAUCUCUAUUUUGCUUCUCCUCUCUAUUUUAUGUCUUUUGCUUCUCCUCUUUAUCUAACAAUAUCUCUUUUACUUCGCUCUAUCUGUCAGUCUUUUUUUUUCUUCUCCCCUUUUAUCUGUCAGUGUGUCUCUUGCUUCUCCCUUUUAUGUACCAGACGCUCUUUUACUUUGCUCUAUCGUUCAGUCUCUUUUUCUCUUCUCCUCUCUAUCUAUCAGCAUCAUCUCUUUUCUUCUCCCCUCUAUAUGUCAGUCUGUCUCUUACUUUUCCCCUCUAUCCGCCAGACGCUAUUUACCAAUCUCUUUUUUUUUACUUCGCUUUAUAUAUCAGUCUGUCUUUUGCUUCUUCUCUCUAUCAGUCUCUCUUUUUCUUCUCCCCCGCCCCGCGACCCCAUCAGUCUGUCUUUUGCUUUUCUUCUAUAUCAUUUGACUAUUACUUCUCUGCUCUCUCUCUCUCUCUCUCUCUCUCUCUCUCUCUCUUAACAUUUAUAUCACUUUACCUUCAACUUCUUUCUUCUCUCUUCUCUUGCUCUUCCCCCUCUCUCACUUGUCUAUUUAUCUUUCACUCACUUUUCCUAACUAUUCGUCUUCCAUUUCUUUCUCUUUCUUUCUUUCUUUCUUUCUUUCUUUCUUUCUUUCUUUCUUUCUUUCUUUCCUUUACCUCCCUUUUCUCUAUUAUACGCGGCCAUGCCUGUCAUCACGUAUUCUCUGCUUUUCUUCCGAUUCUUUUUCUUAACAUUUCGUACUUUUUUAUCCGCUGUCAUUCAUUCCCGUUAUUUCUCCUCUUUUUACUGAUCUUCGUUUUCUCCUUUUUUCUCUCUCUCUUUCUCUUUCUCCAUCAAUCUACAUAUUGUCUAAAUCUUACUUUUUCUUUAUCUCUAUUGCUCUCGCUCUCUCUCUCUCUCUCUCUCUCUCUCUUUCUCUAUCUAUCUAUCUAUCUAUCUGUCUGUCUGUCUGUCUGUCUGUCUGUAUGUCUGUCUACCUAUCUAUCUGUCUGUCUGUCUGUCGCAGUAUCUCUUUCUCUCUGUGGAUAUAUCUCCCUUUCUCUCUAUAUAUCGUUAUGUCUCGUUUUCUCUUUUCCUAUCUUUAUGACAUCCUUUAUCUAUCUAUCUAUCUCUCUUCCUUUUCCAUAUAACCAUAUCUUUCUUUCUCUGUCCCUCUAA